AUGUGCUCUAUAAUAUUCUCACCUGCUCUCGUCUUCUGCUUAAACUGGUACUGGUUCGCUACUGCUCGGGUUACGAUCAUCAACGAACGAACAUCCGGCGGAGUGCCUCUGGCAACAUUAGUGGAGGCCAGCAAGACGGAUUGUGGGUCGUAUAACCUGAACAAAAUUUUCAAACUGGUUCGAAGGGAAAAUCCUAAGACAUAUCUCUUUGCGUUGCUGGUCCUCCUGUCUGCGGUCAUACUCUCGGCUUUCUCCAAUGUCAUUGCGUAUGAGGCUUACAGCACGGCUAUUGGAGGCUCCUCAGCAAAACUUCAAGCGCUUAAUGACUUCGGACGAACUCUAUCCAUGGGGGGAGAACAAGACUACCCUUAUAAUUUCACCAACGAGGACCUAUCGAGGUUUGGCAGCCAAGUCGUUGGAGUGUUGACCGAAAUUGCGUAUCAUAAUGCAACCGACAAAUUAGAGCGGGAUGAUUACAUUGGGAUCAAUGCAACGCAAGCAUCCAUGAAUGCGCUCCCAUCCAAUAUUACCGGUCUACAUGAUGUUCCCGGUUAUCGAUUAUCAAUCGGUUGUCAGGCUCAACCCCUAGAUAGAUUGACUGUUGUUGCUAUGGGUAGGUAUAAAGUCGCAAUAAACGCAAUCUUUGACAUUGGUAACAAUAGCCCAAUGAUCUACCAAGCUCAAUAUCCUGGCCAAAUGGAAGUUCUUACCAAUGCAUACAACGAACAGUACACCUUUGCCGGUUUCACUGUGGAUGGAACCCAGAUCUACCUUGGAAACCUCGCCAGUUCUCCUUCGUUCAGAAACCCUGAGCCGUCCCCAUACGGUGACAUCACUUACAAGACGUAUGACAUGACAAGGAAUGGAUUUACUGGAACAAAGACCAACAUGUCUAGCUGGGGCUUGCGGUGCAAUGUGACCCGUCAGACCGGUCUACAUAAUUUUUCAAGGCGGGCAGAUCUAUCCUGGAAGAUCACGGCUAGCACCUGGUCCGACUCGAAAGAGAUUGCACCCAUGCUCAUUGAGGACUGGCAGGCGGCAUUGAACUUUCAUGCACUGACAGCUGCUGGCUUUGAGCCAGGUUUGGCACCGGCUCUGUCCUCAAGCGCGUGGUCCUGCCUUACAUAUUUGACCGCAGACGGAAUUUGCAAGCGGAUUGCUUACGAGAUAAAAAGUGCUGUACCACCACAAGGCGACAACGGCUCUUCUUCUUUCUUCCAGGUACAAGCCGUGCCAUCUGCCCUGCGAUAUCGCAUAACCUACGUGCCGCUCAUUCUUCUUGUUGGACUGCUCAGUGUCCAGUUCGCAGCAUUGAUAUGCCUUGGUCUGGCGGCUUCUAGCCGGCGGGCUAUGAGCUUCCGGACAUGGAGAGAUGUCAAUGCUCUCCGCUUGUUGGUCGAUAGCGUGGAUGGACUCCGUGAUGAGCCCGCACUGAGAGAUCUUUACAACCUUGGUAACGAGGACAUGGAGAAGAGGGCGAAGAAAGUUCGCGUCCAGUAUUUAGAGAGAUUUAUAGACCCGAAGAUGGCGGUUAAGCUGUCCGCCUAG